ACGUAUCUUUUAUUUGCUGAUAGUUCAAUGGAUGAAAAAUAUUGCACUUCCAGUAGAGAAGAAUUACAUUAAAAGUGAAUGAUUCUUUCAUGACUGUCUUAAUACAACUGAUAACUUUUUACGAUGUAUCCACUUAUAUAGCCUCGCACAAAACUGCAAACAAAAAUGACCGCAAUUGUAGUUACCGAAAUCUUGGAACCAUUUUAGAUUGUAUUUGAUCUCUUCUACGUUGAGAUAAAUCAUUAGAUCAAAUAGAUUAUUAGUCUAACAUAUCCAAAACUUUCAAAAUAUGUGACGUUAUCUCCGAUUUUCCGAUAAACCGCCUAGUUUGUGCCUAUUCCGUUAACGUCAUCAAGAUUAAAUAUAGCUGAUUCUUAAUAAUGUGAUCCAGAUUUUGGAUGACCUCGCUAAAGAUCAAAUAGUCCUCUUGAAAAAAGCUUUUGAUGCAUUUGAUCACGAAAAGAAAGGUUGUAUAGGAACAGAUAUGGUUGGGACUAUUCUAAGUAUGCUUGGAUAUGACCUUAGUGAAGCUACUUUGAACGAAAUUAUUGCUGAAGUCGAUGAAGACGGAUCAGGGCAGCUGGAAUUUGAAGAAUUCUGUACGCUUGCAGCUAGAUUUCUGGUAGAAGAAGAUACUGAAGCAAUGCAACAAGAGCUUAGAGAAGCUUUCCGUUUAUAUGAUAAGGAAGGAAAUGGAUACAUAACAACGGAUGUAUUCCGUGACAUUUUACAUGAACUUGAUGACAAAUUGUCACCGGAUGAACUUGACUUAAUGAUCGAAGAAAUAGAUGCCGAUGGAUCCGGAACACUGGAUUUUGAUGAAUUUAUGGAAGUUAUGACCGGAGGAGAUGAGUGAGGGCAAAUAUUGUUCAAUCAUAGUAUAAUAAGAUUAUUUUUGACAGUGUGAAAUAUUCUAGAUAAUCGAUAAACUAGUCUCUGUAAUAAACAGCUAAUAAAGUUAUUAACUUUGUCGAUACCAUAUCCUUUUCAUCCUCUAGCUGGUAUGAAUUUAUUUCAAAAUGUUUUGUCACCAUGAAUGAUCUAGCAUACUUUGAAGUAAACUUUGCAGAUAUUUAUUAGCCUUUCAGGAGACUGUGCAUUUUCUCGCUCAGUAAUCGAAUCGACUACCGUUGCAGGAUAUACACUAACAUAAAUAAAUGUAAUAAUGUAAUACUAACAUAAUUAAUACAUAAAUAUUUAUUCUGUAAAAACUGUACUGAAAAAUG